AUAAUGAGGGUUUCGCCACCUGGACUUGUGUUUACUUUCUGAUACAGAUUUUGUUUACGUGAUAAGAGCGGGAGGGCCCGCAAUCUCAUCAGAGUCGUCCCGCGGAUUGCAACCAGAACCAAUCGGAACGCGAAAGAAAUUCCGCGACAGGGAAAAUUUCCUCAUAAGAAGUUUACACACUGGAACAAAACUACCAUGUCAUAGUUUUAUAAGUAGUGAUAGUCCACCGUCUGGCCUGAAACACGUUUGACGACGCAGUUUUAUCGUUCGUCAAGUGACUAUAAGGUUCCCAACGCGAUGGCAAUCGAAUUUUAGAAUGUAUAAAUUCAGCCAAAACAUUUUGCCGCGAGCUUAUUAGCAUUCCUUCAGUCCGGCUAAACGGUCACGCGUGCGCAAGACUCCAGCUACCUAAGAUAUACGAUAUACGAAGCAAUCACAUGAGUAUUAUUAAGUGGCGUUUGUAGUAAACGGAAAACUGGUUCCAUUGAUUACACCGGCCGGCAGUAAUCACGAGACAUUCGCAGAGAGAGACCGAGAGGAGAAAAGUGGUUGUUGCUGCUAGCACGAGACUUCGCCAAUAGUAAUUGGUGAGAUAUGGGUCUCACGCAGAUCGAGAAGUUCAUACCUGGCGCCAGGUGGCUACGGGGCUAUAAUGCACAGUUUGCAGUGGCUGAUCUCAUCGCCGGCAUCACAGUAGGCUUGACGGUGCUGCCGCAAGGAUUGGCGUACGCAACGCUAGCCGGUUUGGAGCCGCAGUAUGGACUGUACUCGGCAUUCGUCGGAGGUUUGGUGUAUGCCCUGAUGGGUGGAUGCCGUGAAGUGACCAUAGGGCCAACAGCACUACUCGCCUUGAUGACAAGUCGCCACACGGGACUUGGUGGCCAAUCCGGUCCCCAUUUCGCCAUACUGCUGUGCUUCCUUGCCGGGAUCGUAGAACUACUGAUGGCUGUUCUGAGGCUGGGUGCGUUGGUGGAUCUGAUAUCCCUGCCGGUAACGGUUGGCUUCACAUCGGCAACGGCGCUGAUUAUUGGAGCAUCGCAGCUGAAGGCUCUACUCGGUAUCCGAGGAGGGUCAGGAUCGGGAUUCGCCGAAACCAUCAAGGCGGUUGUGAUGAGGUUCGACGAAGCUCGAGUGCCGGAUAGUAUCCUGGGAUUCAUCUCAAUAGCCAUUCUUCUGGCGCUGCGGAAACUCAAGGACGUAAAAACUCCUCAGGAUGCCAGCAAAGGACGCAAAGUUCUGGGUAUUACAUUCUGGGUCAUAGCUACGGCUCGAAACGCUCUUCUGGUGCUGGUCACCAGUUCCAUUGCGUUCUACUUCGACCAGAAUGGGCAACGGCCGUUCAUUUUGACCGGUACGGUCAAGAGUGGCAUUCCCGGGUUCCAUCUGCCUCCGUUUUCGACGCAGAUUGCUGGCCCGAACAGUACGCUAGUUGAUCUGAACUUCAAAGACAUGGUCUCCGAAUUGGGAGUGAACAUAGCCCUGGUACCGGUCAUCGCCGUGUUGGGAAAUGUGGCCAUUUCCAAGGCUUUCGGAGGCAGCGGGAUCAAUCCGACCAAGGAACUGGUGGCACUUUCCCUGAGUAACGUGUUUGGUUCAUUCUUCAGUUCUAUUCCGGUGACGGGAUCGUUCUCCAGAAGUGCCGUAAAUCAUGCUAGUGGGGUCAAGACUCCGAUCGGGGGUAUCUACACCGGAACUUUGGUGCUAUUGGCGUUGGGCUUGCUCACUCCAUACUUCCAAUACAUACCGAAAGCUGCGUUGAGUGCGGUGAUCAUAUCUGCGGUUAUCUUCAUGAUCGAAUACGAAGUCAUUCGUCCACUAUGGCGGUGCAAUAAGCGAGAGCUGAUUCCAGGAGCAGUAACCUUCGUGCUCAGUUUGGUCGUUGGAGUUGAACUUGGCUUGCUGGCCGGGGUUUUAGCUGAUCUGGCAUUCGUUGUAUAUCGCACUGCGCGACCUGUAUUGACGGUGGACGUUACAUCUACAUCUACCGAAGUGCAGUACAUUAUAAUCCGACCACGCCACAGCCUUCUCUAUUUCCCAGCAGUGGAAUGGGUUAGAAACGUGAUCUCUAAAGCUAUCAAAAAGCAUGGCAACAUACCGAUAGUUUUGGAUUGCCGAAUUGUUCAUGAAUUCGACUACACGGCUGCCACCGGCCUCGGUGCUCUCCGGAAAGAGCUCGAUACCAAGAAGGUACCUCUAGUGGUACUGGGAGCAUCCGUUGAAGUCCGCAAGAUGUUGAAGGAAACGCUCAAGAGUACACUUCUGGAGGCGAAUAACGAAGAAGAGUUGGAAAGUGUUCUGCAAGAACUGUGCAACGAAGGUAAGAGAGCAGAGCUGCGCGAAGUGGUGUCCCCGCUGUUGUCUCCAACGGCAGAACAUCAAAAAGUACCCGUUACUAUUGAAGAAGAAUCGUACUGAUCUUAUUGAUGCGUGUACUAUAGUAUAAGUAAAUUUACGAUUGAACCAAUCUGUAUAGAACUGAAAAGUGUUCUCUCUACAAAGUAUCUCCUGGGAUUGUAUAAUGUUCCUGUGUUAUGUUUUAAUGUUUGUAUAUAUAUUUUUCCUAAUAAACUUUUAAAAAUGUCCACUGAUA